GAGUGUCAGAGGGCGGGGACGUUUGUGUGCGGUCAGUGAAGAGCGCAGGGCGGAUCAGCGUGAGGCCGCGACACCGACACACGCGCGGAAAACUCGGAAAUCAACAGAAACGUAAGAGUCAUGGCGGAUCUGAGCUUGACCGAUGCUCUGACCGACACAGUUCCUCAGCCUGACGUGGAGAACAUGGUGGAGAGGGAUUUUGUGACCACGCUGGAGGCUGAGACCUUCGACGAUCAGAUCGGAGAGACGGUUGACAAGGCCAACUAUGUCCCACUGCUGGACAAUGACGGGAAGGAUCCGGGUACAGUAGUCGAGAUCGGACAGCAGGAAGUCCAAGGGGCUCAAAACCCUGGCGCCGUGAAUCCGCUGAUGCCACAGAAAGAGACGCCUCUUCAGACUGAGCCGCAGACGUUUGGGACAGACUUACUAUCAGACUCAGUGUCUGGUUUUGCUGAUCAGUGGAGCUCACAGUCCAGCCCUCCGCAGACGAUGGCAGCGUUCACAGGUUUGUCUCAGCCCAGCGUAAUGUCAGCGGUGAUCACAGGUGCUGCUCCUUUCCAGACAGAAAGACCGUCUGGUUUGGCCGAAGUGCAGGAGCCGCCAGCUGCUCAGGCCACCGAAGCCCCCAAAAUACCAGCUGAACCCCUGGCAGCCACCACACCCAAGAGCCCACGGGACACAUCUGCAGGUGUCUUUGGUGACCGCUGGUCCGAUGAGGCUGGCAUUCCAUCUGACCUGCCCUUCACGCCCAGCGUUUCCACCAUUAUCAGUCGCCAUGCCGGUCCUCUAGUAGAGAGCAGCCCACAUGUCCCGGCCGACCCUCAGUGGUCCCCGAGAGAUAGCGGGGCAGGAGAUGCAGAGGAAAGGGAAGGUGAAGGAUCUGACCGUAAGAAGGAAAAGAAGAAGAAAAAGCGGAGACCCAGGGACGAGGUGUACGACUUCCCCACGGAUGUGCAGAGCGAAAGUGCUUUAUCCGACAGCCCCCAUCAGCCAUCCCCGCGCAAGGAACGGGACCGAGACGGAGGCUGGGAAGACGGAGGCCACUUUGGUGGGAGAGUCAAGAAGCCAAAAAGCCGUAAGAAGAUUCCCGAGGAAUGGGCGAUCCAUGCAGACCCCUUUGUCCCUGCUUCGGCUUGCAUGCCGCAGGAGUUCUCAACUGAUUUCUCCCAAUCAUCCCUUGAAGUUGACAGCGGACUUGUGUCGCUUUCUGAGGACUUCACCGAUGAGAGUCUCAUUCCUAUGUCUCUUACCCAAGAUCUUCUAUCCCUCACGGCCACUUCCCCACCAUCCUCAACGCAUCUUGAACCUGCAGUGCCCUCUCCAAAGUCUCCCGGUCAAGCCCCCGAUUUAUUCCCCCAGCACCCCUUAUCCAUGCCACCCGGAUUCCAAGAUAUCCUCAUGGAAACUGAAGAUUCUCUUGCUUGCAACCUCAGCGACACUCAGCCUUUUGUCUCUCCUGGUGCGACCUUUGAGGAAGCAAUCUUUGGACAAGAUCACACCUACACCACCCAAGAUUCACCAUUAAAGGAACCCCAGGCAUCCACCCCUGGAAGCACUUGUUUUGUACCACCGAUGGAAGCACUGAUCUCGGCACCGCCGUUUUCUCCAUCUGGACCAGCAUGGUCUCUUAAUAACCACAGUCAACCCUUUGAUCUUGAAGGUGUUGCCUUUGAGACCCCGGUUCCUGCACCUCUGCCUUCGCCCAAGAGCAAAGCCCCAAAGGAACCCAAAUCCAAUGGCAAGAAGCCCGGCUCAUCCUCAUCAAAGAGUCCAACCUCCCCUGAAGCAAAGUUGCCGUCUCCCCAGAAUUCCGGUCUAAAUCCGUCCGCUCCGCCGUUCUUCCCUAGUUUUGCAGAACCUCGGGAGCUCAAAGCAGGAGCGUUCUUCACUUUGGAAGAAAACUCUGAGAAGAACAAGCCGGAGGUGAACAAAAUGGACACUGUCCAGAAGUUCGAUGACUUUAAUGAUCAGAAGAUGGAAACGGUGGAGGAGAAAGACAAAACUGUCCACAGAGACAAACAGACAACCAAAGGAGAAAACACAGAAGCUGUGGACAAAAUCAAAGACGUGGAUGUGGCUAAAUCAGAGAAGGAUGAAACAUUUCACAAAGUAGAAACGCCAGUGAAAGUUGAGAAGGUCGAACCUUUGGAGAAAAAUACUAAAGAUGAGACUGAAAAGGCUGAUAAGGUUGAGAAGACCACCGACAAAAACCAGAUGACAGAAAAGAUUGAUUCCUCUCCAAAGAUGGAGAAAGAGAAGGUGGAGCCGGUGGAAAAGGUUGAGCUGAAGAUGGAAGAAGAAGUGAAAGUAGAGAAGAAAGACGAGGAGAACAAAUCAGAUCAGAAAGUAGAGAAAGAUGAACAGAAGAACAAAGAAGAACAGGUGAAGGAAGUGGAAAAGGAGAAAGCAGAACAGAAGACCCAACAAGACAAGACAGAAAAGGACAAAGUAGAACCGAAAACAGAAAAGACUGAGCCGGCUGACAAGAAACCUGCCAAAGCUGAGAAGGACGAGAAAGCCAAAAAACCAGCUGCUAAACCCUCCGCGGCCAAGCCUGCGGUAACCAACGGUGCACCUGGAAAAGACUUGACUAGUCCUGAGAAGAAGACCAAGCCUGUCGCCGGCGCAACCAAACCUAGCUCUGCCAAGCCCCGGCCGAGCUCCGCCUCCAGCACUACAGCCGCGCCCAAGCGCUCCACCCCUACCUCAGCCGCUGUCGCACCCGCCCCCCUCAGCAAAAAAGCCCCUGUGCCCAAAGCUCCUGCCCCAGCCGCUGGCACCAAACGGCCCGCCACAGUGUCCACACGACCCUCCACCGCAUCCAGCACAGUCACCAGAGAGGUCAAGCCCAAGACGGCCACAGAGAAACGGCCGCCUGUGCCAAAGGCUGCUGUCGCUCCGGCUCGGCCCGCCGCAGACAGACCUGCGACCGCAACACGCACCGCCGCCAGCGCUCCUGCAGCACGACGCCCGGUCGCAAAGACUGAGAGCAAACCAGGAGACGAAAAGAAACCAAGCACACUGAAAACUACAGAUGCCGCCCGCUCUAAACCUGCUCCUCUCAAAGCCUCCACCACUACAAGCAGCAGCAUCACCGCUCACCCUCGCACCACCAAAACACCCGUCUCCAGCAGCACUACAGCCGCUGCUGCGCCCGAGAAGAAGCCGGCGGUGCCCCGCGCACCUCGACCCAGCUCCAGCUCCACCUCCAGCGCCAGCGCAAUGACUCGCAGCACAGCGAGGCCCAGCUCCACACCGGCACCAGGCAUCAAACACAUCCGCUCCAAGAUCGGUUCCACAGACAACAUCAAGCACCAGCCCGGAGGAGGAAAGGUCUCAGUGUCUCAGAGCUCGCCCUCCAAAGAGACCAGCCAGGGCAAAGUUCAGAUAGUCUCCAAAAAACUGGACUACAGUCACGUGACUUCUCGCUUGGGCUCCAAGGACAAUAUGAAACAUGUUCCUGGUGGAGGGAACGUCCAGAUUCUCAACAAGAAGGUUGACUUGAGUAAAGUGGCUUCAAAGUGUGGCUCCAAGGCCAACAUCAAACAUAAACCAGGUGGAGGCGAAGUCAAGAUCGAGAGCCGUAAGGUGAACUUUAAGGAUAAAGCUCAGCCCAAGGUGGGCUCAAUGGAUAAUGUCAAUCAUGAACCUGGAGGCGGGAACGUUACGGCUGAGGGGGCGCAGGAGACUGCUGAGGGCAGCGGGGCUCCCUCUAGUGGUGUCUCUGCCACCCAGCCGUCAGCCGGCGCUGCCCAGGAGAAUGGGCUGAAGGAGGCCGGCCCCUGCAGGAGUGAGGAGCUCCGGGACCCACAGGGCCUGGACUCGCUCAUCCCUGAAACAAGCAUCUAACUCGACUUUUGCUGUCACUCUGCCCCUUUCAUUUCACCCCCGACCUCUUCCUCUCCUCCCCUUGUUUAUGUCCUGUCUUUCUCCACACUCUGAUGCAGAUUGAGUCUUUCAAGAUAAAUUUCCGCGAGAACGCCCGGUCUCGCACGGACCACGGUGCAGACAUCAUCACCUGGCCCGUCUCGGGUGACAGCCCUGUCCACUCCCACCUGCUCCGCAGCAGCGUCUCGCUCAACGACUCCCUCGCGACCUCUCACACCACCCCGGCCCUCCUCUCCUCCCAGGAACAAGGGGGCGAUGUCGGCUCGCUCACCGGACUCCGGACAUGAUUUCUGUCUUCUCAUUGGUCCGCUGCUCUCUAAAGCCCGCCUCCUUCCAUUGCUAAGACUCACAUGAUUGGUGUGCUCUCUGUUGACGGUUCUGCUCGGUGAGGCUGUACAGACUACAGUCAUCAGGAUGUGCAAAACAUGCCCUCAGUUGGAGCGAAAUCUGUAAACUCACUUUAACAUGGCUAAACUCACGCUACUCACACCUAGCAAUCAGCACACCUGCUACAUCACUUGUUGUAGAGCAUGAAUCUAGUAUUCAUAAUCAAACCUGCACAUACCCAUCUGAUCACCACAUGCAAACACAUCUGGAUCCAUCUGGACAUCAUCUCUCGCUGCCUUCAAGUCCUCAUGGGAAGUUUGUGCUUACGAGUUAUUUACCAUGCGAUCGUGUCAUAUGAAAAAUCACUUUUUGACAAAAUCGAGCUUUCUUUUAGUGCCAAAGCAACAAAAUUAAGAGCAAAGGAUGUGCAUAAAAGGGUUAGUUCACCCAAAAAUGAAAAUUCUGUCAUUACUCACCCUCAUGUCGUUCCAAACCCG